AUGUCCACAUUAUUUUUAAUCAAUUGUAAUCUUCAGAAAUUAAGCUUCAGCGACUCGAACUUUAUUGAAUCUAAAUUCCAACGUGUUUUAGAAAUGCCUACUCCUCAACAAUUAUUCGAAAAAUUCUAUUUCGAUAGAAUCCAGAGGUUUCCUAAUAAAUGGAACUACGAGACUGGUGUCUCUUUAAUAGUCUUAGGUAAUACAGAGUAUAAUAUUGAAGACUUUUUAACUAUUCAAUACAGAUUCUUCCCAACUUUUAAUCUGAAAUUUGUCACACUAAUUGAUUUUAUCAUAAAUUGGAAACAGAUUAUUAAGCGAAUUCAAAUCGAAUAUAAUUUAUGUAAACUAAAAAUCAAAAGAAUGAACCAUUGGAUGCAUCAUCAUCAUCCUCAUCAUCAUGAUCACCAUACUACUCUUGUGGAAGGUAAUCAUAAAGAUGAGAGAUGUGUGAAUACAAAAAUGGAGAAUAAUGAUAGUUCAAAAGCUUACAGAAGUUGUGAGUAUAGUAUAUAUACUAUGUUGGACCAUUUAACUAAUUUAAGGAGUGCAAAUAAUAGAUCAAAAUGUGUGAUACCAAAAGUGAUUUGCAAUAUCGAAUUUAGUGCAAUUGUGUCAAAUCUUGAAAAGGAUAAAGAAUCUUUACCACACAGUUUAGAAGAUAAAGAUUUUUAUUUGAAACUUUUCAAUUCCUGGGAUUUUUCUGCAUUGAAUUUAACUACAAGAGAAUUAAUAAUUGGUGGAUACUUUUUACUAAAUUUUUUGGCUCAAAAUGCCAAAAUUGAAAUUUCACAAAAUAAAUUAUUGCUUUUAUUGUUUACACUAGAAUCCUCAUAUCAUCAAGUUAAUAAAUUCCAUAAUUUUAAACACGCCAUAGAUGUAAUGCAGGCCACUUGGAACCUAUGCCAGAUCCUAUUACCAGAGAACCAUGAACUGACGUUACUGUUAUGUCUCGCUGCCAUUGGUCAUGAUAUUGGCCAUCCAGGUACUAAUAAUUCCUUGUUCAGAGAUGAUAGUGAUUUAUCUAUAUCGUUCAAGAAAACUUCAAUACUAGAGAAUUUUCAUUUCCAGACUUUCCACGAAGUUAUUAAAUCAAUCUGGCCGCAAGUAUUUGAAUUAUCAGUUAAAGAUGCAACUAUAAGGGAAAGUAACGAAGAUAUUACAAAGAAGAUAAUUUUGGCUACAGAUAUGAGUCUGCAUGAUAAUUAUGUCAAUAUGUUGACUCAACAAAAGAAAUCAGAAAUAACCACAAUGGAAAUAUUGUCCUUUAUUAUCAAAGCAGCAGAUAUAUCGAAUGUAACAAGACCGUUAAAUAUAUCAGCUAAAUGGGCAUAUUUGAUUACAUUAGAAUUCAAAGAUUGUUUUAAUUUACAAACUUUUAACCAAUCCAAUAAAAAUGAAGACUUUUCUUGCGGAGACAUACCCAUGAUGAUAGAUCGUGAAGCUGAAAUUGAUGAAGAUAUGAAUUUUGAAAUCGAGCUGCAUAAUACAAUUAUAAAAGAACCAUUCCAAUUGUCGCUUUUACUUAAGAAUUAUCCAAUGAUACCUAAGGGGCAAUUAUUUUUCAUUGAUACCUUUGCAUAUGAUUUUUUCGAUAAGUUAUCAACUAAAUUCCCUGAAUUAAAAUUUCUCAUCAACAAUAUUAAGUCUAAUAAGGAGUUUUGGCUAUCUAAAGUAGAGUGA